AUUGGGAAAUGACCCAAAUCGUCUCAGAGGCUGGUCAUCGACUGGAAUCGACUGCUAGAACCAGUGAUACCAGCUUAUUCAGUGAAUGCUUUAAAGGAGACUGUAUAAUGACAGAGAUGUAUACUGCGAGGAUUAGCACAUGCUGCUAAACCCGGUGUCACUUGCCUCAUGUAGACUGUUAAUUCCACUGACGACCUUGAGACACGCGCGGUUUUUGUUUGUGGAUUCAGGCGUGAUAAGUGCGUGUAACCGUUUAACAUGGGCGACUGGGACGACGAAGACCAAAACGACAUUGUAGCUAAGCAGAUUAAAACCUCCUGGGACGAUGACGACGAUGAUGCUAUCCCUGAAUCCUGGGAUGCAGAGCCAGCCAACAAGACAACAUCGAAACCUGCUAGUCAAGCACCGCCUAAACUAUCACUAGCUGAACGUAUAAAAUUGAAAGAGGAACAAAAACGAAAAGAAAGAGAAGAGAAACUCCGAAAACAAGAAGAAGAAUUAAAACAAUCUCAGCCUGCAACAGAACUUCAACGUGAAAAACUUGCUGAAGAGGCAGAACUUGGCCUAUUGAAAGAUACUUUUGGUCCUAGCCCUGUUCAAGAAGUUAAUAAAGAAACUAUUGAUUCAUGUUGUCCAACAACUAAGGAGGAAUUUAAUCGUUUGCAUGAAUUACUUGUGGCUAAAAUUACAAGUAUACAGAAAUCUCCACAUUACAGUGCAUUUGCAGAAAGUUUAAUCCGUGAUCUUACUGUUGAAAGUAAGUGAAUUUGUUUUCCCCCUAAUAUCAUCUGUUUUGUCUUUAAGUGGAAAUCGACACACUACGUUCCGUCAAUACUGUUAUCAGUGCAUUGAUAAGUGAGAAACAGAAGUUGGUUAAGGGUAAAACAAAGAAGAAGGCAAAAGGCAAGCUGUUGGUUGAAAGAGAGAACGACUACAACUAUGGAGGAGAUGAUGAUGCUGUCGCCGAUGAAUAUGAUGAUUUUAUGUAAUGUUUUCUCAUCUAUGUAUGAUCAGCUCUCUUAUGUACUAUUCUACUUUUAUUAUUAUUAUUAUUACUAUUACCAUUACCUAACUAGGUGUCAUUUUUUCUAAAAAAAAUAAUAAGAAAACGAGAUAAAUAAGAGUGAAACUUUAUUUUCUGUGAUGUGUGUAAUACUCGUGAAUAUAAAGCCAAUAUCCAGCUAACCAAUCUUACCCAGAGAGACAGAGCCCGAAAACAAUGAUAAGAAUAAAACCAACCACUCUUCGUCAAAAGUUCAUCUUGUUUGAACUAUUCUGCGGUACAUUUUGCAGUACAUUGAUGUCAUACCACACCACCUUACAUUAUAUAACCUUUUUGCUUUACUUCUCUCUUGUACAUUCUCAUCAUUGUUUUCUUUCAUAUUUUCUCCUGAUGGCAUAAUUUUUGCUAUUACUACAAGUAUUAUUAUUAUUAUUACUGUUCUCAAACAGACUUUGCAAAGCAGCAUGUGUAUGUGUUUGCGUGUUGGAUUAAUGCUAGUGAGUGUCUCCCCCUCUACAUACUGUCGUGUAUUCGCCUCAGUCAGUCAACUGAUCUUUCUUUCCCUCCGUCUCUCUUUCUCUCGCUGGUCAAUAUGGCUCUGUGUUCUCCUUAUGAUUUCCAGUUUUUCUAGUUUUACCCUUGAACUUUACUUUAUAACUGUGUGUAUUUUUUUUUCUGAAGUGAUUUCUAUGAAUACGUGCGUACGUACCUCCAUCCAUCCGUACAUACAUACAUAAAAAUACACAAACUGUUUUUAAUGAUUUUGUAAGUGAAAUAGGUAUUUGCUUAAAGAAAAUAUAUACAUAAUUGGUGUGGGUUUUUUUCUACAAGAGAGAA